ACCUGGAAUGCAAAUUGAAAUCACAACGAAGGACAAAGGGAUGACUAUCACUGUGCUAUCUUUGUCAAGUGCCGGAUCAACAGAUCAACAAGAAACCAGUAUUGAGCAAGAAGCUUUGAAAACUGCAUCGGACCCCACGUCUCAACAACCAUUGGAAGAUUAUCUUCGGCAUAAUGGAGUUGAACAUAAAGUUAGCACAAAAGGUUCACUUGUUAUGAAAGUGAAAGUGGUUGAUCAGCAGAAAGCAGCAAAGUUGAUCGAAGACUUCCACACUGGCUCAUUGACGAUGACUUUGGUUGAGCUAUUGAUUCCAGAAAAUACGAGGAAGAAAUAUAUCGGGACAUCUUUCACUGUGAAUUUAACAUUAGACGAGGGAUUUGUUCGUGAUUGCUUAGGUAUAAAGAAUGAAGAUGAUGUGGUAAUCCUUAGUGAAGAUAUUAACCUAGAAGGGCCAUUGAGAAAGAAAUUACGAACAGAAACCACCGUAAAAGUGGAAGGUGAACAGGGGCUGGUAGCAGCAAGUGAUGAUUAUUCUGAAUCUGAAUCAGAUAUGAAUAUUCAGCCCGGUAAAUCUACAAGCCCAAAAGAAGAUCCACUCGAGAAAGAAAAAGAAAUGAUGGCAUUGUACGAUAAGGAAAAACAAU